AAUAUAGAGAUGUCUUAAAAUCCCAUUGUGAAUUUUUUCCAGUCUGCCUUCGGUUGAUGCUGUUUUGUGAAUAUUGCUGAUGAAGUCGCACAGCCUUUGAGGAUGUACAGUACAGUUGUAGCCUACAGGCACGGCUUUGAAGACAACUUGCUACUGCCUCCUAGUGGCGGGUUAGUGUAUCGUUUGUUGAUGCCAAACACUGGUAGAUCCGGCAUGAGGCUCGCCCAUAUGUGUGCAUGGUCAUAUAGAAAGAAAAGGAAGUGAAGUGAGGUCUAGUUACCAAUCUAACAAACACAAACGCUUCACAUACUGUAUAUUCGGCCGUCUGAGUGUGACAUAUCAGGCCAAAUGUCCAGAGGGAAAUCUGUGCGUGUGUGAGAGAGGAAGUGUAGCGUUGUAUAAUCUAAUCCCGGCUGGGUUGACUGUCAGUAUUAUCCCAGAUGAACCAUCCCAGACUGCUGAUUGAUAAAAGGUCCCACAAGGCUUCGCUGCCAGAACACGUGACCCAGAGGCCGCGCUCCGGCUCGCAAAGCCUCAAUGAAGAGAGAGAGAAAAAAAGGAACUUUUUGAAUGAACAUCUGACCAGAUGCUGACACGUGCGUGUGUGCAAGAGGAUUUGGAGUUUGUGGGAAAGGGAUUUUUCAGACAAGAACAUGUGUUUCAUUGAGCGUUAUGCUGCAUGUGUCACACGAACUAGUGCCGCUAGUUGACUACUUUACAGUACCACUAGAUUUACUGCGUAGGAAAAUGAGAUGAGAUAUGAGAUGAGAUUUUUGUCUCAAGAAACAUUUGGGGUAAUUUGAGAGUAUCAUCCCUUUGUGACAGAUGUUUUUGUAACCACCGCUGGUGAACUAAGUGCUCGUAUGCCUUACUUGCAGUAAGUGCAGCAUCAACCAAGGUUCAGUUCAAAAUGAGGCAGGAUUUAAUUGCUGUAUUUGAGUUGACCCACUUAACUGUAUCAUAUGAUAAUCUGUUCAUCUAAAACAGGAAAACCAAAUGAAAUAUUAUUAGAUCUUAUGGGCUGAGUAGUGUUUAUAUUUGAAAUUUGUAUGAUGUACAGUAAAGGGAACCAUUGUAGGAAGUUGAUGAUUUGAAGAACUUGAGGGUUGCUGAUGCUCUUUUUGUGCCUUUGUGAUGUAAAAUUUUGUAUUCUAAUGCGAUAACAUCAGCGGUAGCAGUGUUUCACAACACCUGGAAGUCAGUGACCUUGAGAUUGUGUUCACAGCGACAAACAGACUUUUCUCCGUGUCACUGGGGGAUUGUUUGAGUUCGGGUCAGUUAUUUUUAAGUCAGGAUUAUUCUUUUUGUUUUGCAUUAUUUUUGUCGCCGCUAAUCCCGGGAAACGUUGUUGUCUUUGUUUUAGACAAACAGAUUACUCACAGCUGUGCGUUGAUGGGGCCGCGGCUUUAGAGUGUUAAUAGUAAAGCAGCAAAAGGCCACCAGAAAGGUAAAUCUGUUUGGGUUGUGGAGGAUUAAAGGCACUGAACCAGCAACGGGGGGAAAAACACGUAUAUUAGAGCUGACACUUUGCUCACAGAGACACAGUCGCCGGCGUGACUGACGUGAUUAGACAAUACACUGUCUGCUUCAGCUCGUCUGGGAGAACCUGAUUUUUUUUUUUUUUAUGUUAAAGUUGUACUACUGUGGAGGAGUUACGCUUCAUCCAACUGGACAGUGUGGCUUUGUUCGUCUUGGAAUCAUUUCUUGACCUUUUUCCUUUUGGAAAUCUUCCUGAAAGGAAUUAUUAUUUUUUGCUUUUAGUUUCAUUUUUGGUUUAGUCUGAGACAAUGAUCCCCACUAAACUCCUCGUGUACCGGCGGACGCCCAGCGAAACUAUUCCGGAGACCCCCCAGGACACGCGGAGGCGCAAGAAGUCGUGUGGCGAGCUCUUCCAGAACGGGUACAGGGUGAGGCAGAUCCGUCGCAGGCGGCAGGAGAGACGGAGGCAGAGGGGAUACUUCCGUUCCGUCCGGUCCUGCGUGCGCGUCCUCGCUAACUGGAGCUUGAGAUUCCUGAGAGCACUAAGGCUGAUACAGUUCUCGGAAAUCCUACAGUUUUUGAACAUCCUCAAAACAAGCAAUUCCAUCAAGCUGGUGAACCUGUGUUCCAUCUUCAUAAGCACAUGGCUCACAGCUGCUGGAUUUAUACAUCUGGUGGAAAACUCAGGGGAUCCUUGGGAAAAUUUUGAAAAUUCCCAGUCACUUUCCUACUGGGAAUGUGUCUACUUGCUGAUGGUGACGAUGUCCACAGUGGGCUACGGGGACGUCUAUGCAAAAACCACCCUGGGGCGCCUGUUCAUGGUCUUCUUCAUCCUCGGUGGUUUGGCCAUGUUUGCCAGCUACGUCCCUGAAAUCAUAGAGUUAAUAGGAAACCGCAAGAAAUAUGGUGGUUCCUAUAGUGCGGUUAAUGGGAGAAAGCACAUUGUGGUAUGUGGUCAUAUUACCCUCGAAAGUGUCUCCAACUUCCUCAAAGACUUCCUACACAAGGACAGGGAUGAUGUCAAUGUAGAAAUUGUUUUUCUCCAUAAUAUUUCCCCUAAUCUUGAGCUGGAAGCCUUGUUCAAACGUCAUUUCACCCAAGUAGAGUUCUACCAGGGAUCUGUUCUCAACCCUCACGAUUUGGCUCGAGUGAAGAUCGAGUCAGCGGACGCUUGUCUGAUCCUUGCUAAUAAAUACUGCGCAGAUCCUGAUGCUGAAGAUGCCUCCAACAUCAUGAGGGUCAUUUCGAUCAAGAACUACCACCCCAAGAUCAGAAUAAUCACACAGAUGCUACAGUAUCACAAUAAGGCCCAUCUGCUGAACAUUCCAAGCUGGAACUGGAAGGAGGGUGACGAUGCUAUCUGUCUGGCGGAGCUGAAGGCAGGCUUCAUUGCCCAGAGCUGUCUGGCCCAGGGCCUGUCCACAAUGUUAGCCAACCUCUUCUCCAUGAGGUCCUUCAUCGAGAUUGAAGAAGACACAUGGCAGAAGUAUUAUCUUGAAGGAGUGGCUAAUGAGAUGUACACAGAGUAUUUGUCCAGUGCCUUUGUGGGCCUCUCCUUCCCCACUGUCUGUGAGCUGUGUUACGUGAAGUUGAAGCUGCUGCUCAUUGCCAUCGAAUACAAGUCUGAGCAGAGAGAGAGCAGAAGCCGAAAGCGCAUCCUCAUCAACCCGGGAAACCACGUCAAGAUGCAGGAGGGAACGCUGGGAUUCUUUAUCGCCAGCGACGCCAAAGAAGUAAAGAGAGCGUUUUUCUACUGCAAAGCUUGUCACGACGACAUCAGCGACCCUAAGAGGAUCAAGAAGUGUGGCUGCAAACGACCCAAAUAUAAGUAUAAUGGAUAUGUCAGAUCACCAGCAGAUGGCGCUACAACACCAGGGAACAGUGGAAGUCAAAAAGAGACUGGGGUGCGAUUCAAAGCUGAUUGCAAUUUAGUCGAAGACGAGCAUCCGUCAACUCUGUCGCCCAAAAAAAAGCAGCGCAACGGAGGGAUGCGAAACUCGCCCAACUGCUCGCCCAAAAUGAUGAGUCGACAUGACCCCCUCCUAAUUCCUGGCAAUGAACAAAUAGAGAACAUGGACAUGAACGUCAAGAGGUAUGACUCGACAGGGAUGUUUCACUGGUGCCCAUCAAAGGAGAUUGAGAAAGUCAUCCUGACCCGGAGUGAAGCCUCCAUGACUGUACUGAGUGGCCAUGUAGUGGUCUGUAUAUUUGGGGAUGGCACGUCCGCUUUAGUGGGGCUGCGAAACCUGGUGAUGCCUUUAAGAGCCAGCAACUUCCAUUACCAUGAGCUAAAGCCCAUUGUUUUCGUGGGCUCUCUGGAUUACCUGCGCAGAGAGUGGGAGACUUUGCACAACUUCCCCAAGGUCUCCAUCUUACCUGGUACACCAUUAAGUCGGGCAGAUUUAAGGGCUGUCAACAUCAACCUCUGCGACAUGUGCGUAAUACUGUCAGCCAAUCAGAACAAUAUCGAAGAUGCCUCACUGCAGGAUAAGGAGUGCAUCUUGGCAUCGCUCAACAUCAAAUCUAUGCAGUUUGAUGACAGCAUCGGGGUCUUGCAGGCUAAUUCCCAAGGUUUCACGCCUCCUGGAAUGGACAGGUCAUCUCCAGACAGCAGUCCAGUACAUAGCUUUGUGCGCCAGGCUUCCGUCACCACUGGAUCCAACAUCCCCAUAAUCACAGAACUAGCUAAACCUGGCAAACUACUGCCAUUGGUUUCACUCAGUCAGGAAAAAAAAAGUGGAACCAACAUACAAAUGAUAACAGAGCUGGUGAACGACUCAAACGUUCAGUUCCUGGACCAAGAUGAUGAUGACGACCCCGACACAGAGCUGUACCUCACUCAGCCCUUCGCCUGCGGCACUGCCUUCGCUGUCAGUGUACUCGACUCCCUGAUGAGCGCAACAUACUUCAACGAUAAUAUCCUCACGCUGAUCCGGACGCUGGUUACAGGGGGAGCCACACCAGAGCUGGAGGCUCUGUUGGCCGAGGAGAACGCUCUGAGAGGCGGCUACAGCACUCCGCAGACACUAGCCAACAGAGACAGGUGUCGCGUUGCCCAGCUGGCCCUCUACGACGGGCCCUUCGCCGACUUGGGGGACGGCGGCUGCUACGGAGACUUAUUCUGUAAAGCACUGAAGACCUACAACAUGCUGUGUUUUGGGAUCUACAGACUACGAGACGCUCAUCUCAGUGCACCGAGCCAGUGUACAAAAAGAUACGUGAUCACAAACCCGCCGUACGAGUUUGAGCUGGUGCCCACAGACCUGAUCUUCUGCCUCAUGCAGUUCGACCACAACGCAGGCCAGUCCCGGACGAGCUUGUCCCACUCUUCCCAUUCCUCCCAUUCCUCUAGCAAAAAGAGCUCCUCCGUGCACUCCAUCCCGCCCACCAGCCGGCAGAACCGCAGCAGCAAGACCCGGGAGGCCCGCGAUAAACAGAAUGCAACAAGGAUGAAUAGAAUGGGCCAAGAAAAGAAAUGGUUUACAGAUGAACCAGACAAUGCCUACCCCCGGAACAUUCAGAUCAAGCCCAUGAGCACCCACAUGGCCAACCAAGUCAACCAAUACAAAUCUACUAGUAGUCUGAUUCCACCGAUCAGGGAGGUUGAGGACGAGUGCUGAACGCCAGAUUUUCCUGCUGACUCAUCAGACAUCUGUGCUCUCUUUCAAAAGACUUGGACAGAGAUGGGCUUUGGAGGAGCAGCGAUGACGAUGAUAACAGGGGUGUUGAAGACUGACACAUGUCUCGUCACUCAUUCUUCUACUCAAGGGUUGGACAGGAAACCCAAACUGGACAGGACCUCCUAUGUGUAUACCUUUAAUGUUACUUCCAUGCUCUUGGACACUGUUUUAUUUAUUAAUGUAUCCAUAGAGAUGUACAUAAUGACAAUCAAAUAAGGAUUGUACAGCCCCUCCCCCUAGCACUUUUUGGAAUUAUUUUAAGAGUUGACAAAAAAAAAACAACAAAAAAAAGCGUACUUCCUGUAAUUCUUCGCAAUAGUUCACCUCUUCGCGUGACCGGGCUCCGUGGAUGAGGAGGCUGGCGAGAGGAGGAUGAGGGUUGCAGCGAUGAACUGAUCAUAUCAUCUCCCAAAGAUCUGCCCGGAUGUGUCGCGUCAAACCAGCUGGGUUCAUCAGCGUCGUAUCUCCUGUCUGCUUCUGUUCUAUUUGCACUAAAGCUGAACAACUUUCUUUUGACAGAACUAGAACCAUCAGACCCCCCCCCCCCCCCAAGAUGAUGGAAGGGAUGGAAGGUUGCUGGCUUCACAGGCCUGUUCAUUUUGUUCUUAGGUUGUCGUAUCGUUGCUUACUGGUUGCUACUUCAUCGCCGAUUUGUCAUCUUGCAAAACAGUCUUCUGAAAACUGGCUGGUUGAAAGAGAAUCUCGUCCUGACGUCUUUUGCUAAUACGUCACAUCAUGAAGUCUGUCUUUGUCCCGAGCUUCCACCGCAUGGUGUGCGCCUGAGCCCCUGUCAUAGAGAUGCAAUGCUUUGGAUCAACCUGAAUUACACGAAGAGGAUGAAACAGCUGAUCGUUGUGGUCGUCACCCUGUUAGGUUGUUAGCAAUGCUGUGUAUUUGAACGAAGGUAGUGGUAAAAACAAAGGUUGGAUCCACCAACAACAAUAUCAAGUUGCCUCAUUUAAAAGAAAUGAAUCUAAACCCCAACUGUGUUUGAGCUGAGCUACCACGAACAGCAGCCACUUCGCUGACGUCAGCGCUUCGUCCUGACAUUUGCAGAAGAAUUGGGAUCAGAAAGAAAGAGUGGUGUCGUUUUUGAAUGUUUUGUCUGUAAAAAAAAAACAAAAGUUUAUGUCGGAGGAACGAAAUGCCACAUAUUGCGCAAAAGUGGGCAUGGAUGGGCCCUCCUCUGAUCGGAGCCGCUGCCUGGCACGGUUGGCGCAGGGGCAGUGAAAGUGCUUGGAUGUUCUCUGCGGCCAAUCCGGAUGUCACGUGUCUCAAAACUCUCAGGAGCGAAGCGGCCGCGUUCGGGCCCCGAACGUGGGGAAGCGCUCAAACGCAGUUGGGUGUACAGGCAACGACGCCACAGACCGCUGAGAGCCUUCGCGCUGGUCUGUGUGCGGCUUGGGUGUGUUUUGCACAUAUUUAGGCAACUGGUGGAUCCAAAUCUAGCCGUGAUCACAGAAUAUAACAGAAAUUGAGGUGGUAGCCUUGCACUUCAUGCAAAUAUAUAGUCAGAUUUAUACAUUUGAACAUAAUUAUUUUGUAUUCAUGAGCAUAUUCAAUUUGUACUUAUUUUUCUAGACAAGGAAAAAAGUAUUAUACUGUAGUUGACGAAAAAAACCUCCAUCAAUAUAUUUAACAACAACCACAUAUCACAGAAUUCUGCGUUGGACUAUGUAACACAUCAUACUAAACAUAUGGCAUAUUUGUAUCAUUCUGCCCCCUCUUUAAUGACUGCGUUGCUCUGGAGCUAUUAAAGCUUAGACUAGCUCGCAUUGUGAAAGCACCAUCUUCAGCCUGGCAGCUCGGCUCUGUUAAGUGCUCGUAGAAGGCAAUUAAAGUCAUCUGAAGCGUCUGUUGGUUGCGCAGAUGAAUAAAAAAAAACAUGCAGGCGGAAGAAUAGGUGUAAGGAAGGAAUUAUUUAUUGGAUUGAUGCUGGAGCAGGUCAAAGUGGUAAUAAUAAUGAGAGGAUCCUGCUGUGUGUAGGCCAGAACUGAACGACCUGCAUUAGAUGUGUUUGACCUAAAUUAGGUCUCUAGAAGGAGAGUUUGUACACUGCUGGUUUUGAUGGGGAGACACUGUCUGAUUCUAGCAGUGCUGGUUCUCUAUAGUUGGUAAAGGAAAAAAUUUAAUUAAAAAAAAUCAAAUAUGGAAAACAACAUAAUAUUGUGCUAAAUAUGUUUGUGUAAAUUCAACCCAUUAUAUAGAUCACGUUUCUUUCUCAAACUAAACAAUCUGAGCUUCGAUGUCCGUCUAUUGGGUGUGGUACAACUAUACUGAAGCCUCAUACACAUUGUCCUGAAGUGAACUUUUUGAAAUGUGAUUACAUCGUUGUCACACUUUGUAGCAGAUAGAUUUCUUUUCAGAGAAUACGUGAGUAAAAUGUAUGUAAUAAUUGGGUUGUUAACGGCAUACUCGCUAGCCUGAUCAAUAAGGAAAUAUGAAUAUUUGAUAAUGGCAAUUACUCAUUAUAUAUAGAAUCGACAAGCUGAUUGUUACAUAGAGAAAAAAAAAGACUAAUGCGUUUUACUGGUAAUGAAAGAGCCUGGAUUCUUGCCGGAGACUAUUCACAUACUGAUGGAAGUCAGGGCGGAAUAUGAUCUAGACUGGUAGCACCAAUUCAGCAUAGGUUAUGAGAAGAGACAACGUCCUUAACUGUCUUUAUGGUACGACGGGGUUUACAUUCCAUUUUGUCAGCUCAUCAUUAUCCGUCACAGUCUGUCACAACUGCUUCUUUGUUUACAGAGUUUUUUUGUUUUUAGUUACUUAAACAUCAGAAAUAAAACAGAACAUGCUGCAGACUAGCAUUAGCAUUAGCAUCACAAAGCAAUGCACCAUUUGUUUCCAUUACACUUGAUUACUGUGCUUUUUUUCUACCUGAACACUCAUUGUGCAGCUCAUUCAGGUCGGCAUUAUUCACAACACUGGACCGAGGCGUCUCUGCGUUCUACACCUUGUCAUACGUCUCUGUUAGCUGUUCUAGGUCUUUGCAUUGUAUACCUCUAAGGUUUUAGAGUGCUUUUGAAGUGCCAUGAAGAAUUUAGUUGAGCAAGCAUCCUUCAGUCAUUCAGGGACCCGGGCUCGCUUUGAAGCGGCCCGGUCCCACUGUUUUCCACUGUGAGAGCGGUGUCUUGUACUGGCGUGGGGAACAUCCAAGCCAUCAAUGCCCCCAUGCCAGUAUAGUGCCAGGCGGCACAGGAAGGUCACGAGGAGGGCCCACACCAAGUCCCACUAUAGCGACAAGUGGCAUCUGGGAGGCCUGAGUGGGCUGCAGGGGGCCUCGGGUCAAAGCACCCGCCUCUGCUGCGUGCUUAGUUACAGGUUCGUGUCAUGUAGUAUAGCCACAUAUGGAUGACUGAAAGAUGCACAUAGAGGCUCACGCCUGUAACAUCACGUGUUGUUUGUCCACUGAUCAAAUCAAAGACUCCAAUGCAUCAUACUGUACCUUACUGUUAUAGUAUGCUGCAUUAUUUUUGUUAAUCUAUUUUUUGCUGUAGAGUAUGGAUAUAAUAAUUUAUUUGCUGGGAACUGUAACAGAUAAUAUAAUAUGAUAUAAAAUAUUUAUGGGGAGGGGAGGUGGGUCACAAGUCUUAAUAAUACUUUACAAUUGCAUUCAGCACUGCAAUUUGUUGAUUUCUCGGCUGCCUGUCCGUUCAGGAAGAAUUCAGGACAUUGCUCUCGCGUAUCAUACGUAGAUUCGUCGGCACAUCGUCAUUGCAUCAAAGCAAAGUAUGACAUAGCAGUCUAAUUAGUUUGGAUGUGUACUAGGUGUGAUGGCUAAAUGGAUUAUUUGAUGGUGCUGAGUUGAUCUACCUGACUCUGUCAAAUAUAAUCUGCUGAUAAAUAUACUGUCUUGUACAAAAGGUUUGUACAUAGAUUGUACAUGGUUUCUUUUUGUAUUUUCUCAAAUUAAAAUGGAUGUAUUUGUGUUCGAAAACUGCAAA